AUGCAGUCCACUACCCCACACUCAAGGCUCGAGCUCAUCCAGAAUGCCGUCGCCUUUCUCGCCGACCCAAAGACCCAAGGGUCACCCCUCGCUCAGAAAGUGCAGUUCCUCGAAGCAAAGGGGCUGAACAGCGCAGAAAUCGAGGAUGCUCUGAGGCAGGCUGCUGCUACCACACAGAAUGGUUCAGCACCAGCAGGCCCUUCGUAUCAGCAGCCGUUCAAUUCUUACUAUGGUCCCUCGCCGUACGCGUCUGCUGUGGCCCCGAUCGCGCAACAGUGGGACUGGCGGGACUACUUCAUUACAGCCGUAAUCUCUGGCUCUGUUGCAUAUGGUGCUAUUGCUCUCGCCAGGAAAUAUCUCCUGCCGCACCUCCGGCCACCGACCUCUACCGCAUAUGAAGAAGACCGGGACGCGCUCACUGCCCAAUUCGAUGCCGCCGAAGCCCUGCUGAAAGAAAUACAGGCGGACACCGCCGCGGUCAAGGUGGCGGUCGAGGAACAGGGCGCGAAGGUGGACAGGACUGUGGCUGAUGUCGAGGACGCGGUGAAGGAGAUGCGUGAGGGCGAAGUGAAGACGAGGGACGAAAUGCGCGAGAUCAGAGAAGAGGUGAACAAUAUUCGGGAUAUGCUCCCCAAGAUGAUCGAGAAAAACAAGGAGAGCCAGAACCAGUCAUUAGCGGAACUCCAACAAGAGCUCAAGUCGCUGAAAGCGCUUCUGCUCAGUCGUGGUCCUUCUGUCGGUGGCGCACCCGCCUCUCCGUUGCCCAAGAUCCCUGCACGACCUUCGAUACCCGCAUGGCAGCUGGGUCCUUCUUCUUCUGGCCUUACACCACCACCGUCUUCUAGCUCUGCCCCCCUGUUCUCAUUACCGCCUUCAUCCUCCUCACCGUUGCCUAACGGAAAGGGCAAGGAGGUCGAUGUGGCCCCGGAUGCUGAGGGGAGCGCCCCGCCAGCGCACUCUCCGCCCAACCCCACACGGGCGAGACAAUCCGUGAUGUUCUCCCAAUUCCGCAACGUAGUCGAAGGCCUCGCACAGCCCGUCCACCGCCCCUCCGCCUCCCAAGAAACUAACACUAUACCCCGAACCUCUUCCCCCGCUCCCUCCGUCGAUGGAACAGGAAAUGGAACCGCGCGCUCGGGGAGCCCUGCGCCUGGACAUGGACAUGCGUCGUCUGCGUCUGUGGAUAGACCGAAGGGGAGAUUGGAGGAUCGGUUGAGGGCUGCGGCUGCUGCGAGGGCUGGCCACUCUUCGUCUUCGUCUGCUGCUGCUGUUACUGCUGUUACUGCGAAUCAUGGCCCUGUUAGCUCUAGUGGUUCUGGAGAUUCUGUUGUGAGCGCAACCACAAACACAAACGCGAGCCCAUCCACGACCACGAGCAUGGCCGCGAACCCGACCACGAACGCCAUCGCACACCCGAGUCCACGUACACCCUCGAUGAGCCAUACCCCCCGCGUAUCCACCACCAACACCACCACCACCGCAGUCCCAGUCCCAGUCAUCGACCAUCCACUCUCACCCACCGUCCCCGCUUUCGCUUCAUCCAUCCCAUUACCGAUGUCGCCACCUCUACCUCUACCUCAGCCCGAACAGCAACAGCAACCACAACCGCCACAGCCACAGCCACCACAAGAACAGGAACAACUCUCUAUUCACGCUUUGAACACGGAUGGAGUCUCGUCGGUUGUGACUUCGCAGCCGCCGAGCGCUAUUGAGAUACCGAUACCGGUACCUGUGGUGGAGGAUAAACAUCUUGGAGUCGAUGUUGAGUUGCCAAGUUCGCCGGAUGGGGCUGUCGGAGACGAGGGUAAAGAGUUGGGAGCGUCUGCGCCGCCUUCCGAGGAGCAGGUUUCGUCCCCUGGAGAUGGCGCAGAAACUAGUGUCGAGGAGGGGAAGAAACUGGAGGAAGAGGUAGAGGUUCCGGCUCAGACGGAAGAGGUAGAGGUUCCGGCUCAGACGGAAGAGGUCACCACGACGGGUGAAGCUUUGUCGGCUGUCGAGCCUACUUCACAGGACGAACCGAAGGAAGAGGAGAAAGCAGAAGAGACGAACGAGGCUCUCAACACUGAGCAACAAGAAGUACCUAUCGCCAAUUCCUCAAGUCCCAGCGAAUCCGACGUCGAAACCUUACGCGAACGGCUCAAGCUCGUCGAACAACGGUUCUCCGAUGUGUCCACGUCUUUCAAGAGGCUUCAGUCUGAAAAAUUGGCGGCGGAUAAGGUCGUGCAGGAGCUUACGCCUGUGCAGAGCGUUCAGGAUGCGGAAGGCCUCCGCGAGUUUUUAACCAAUUUCACGCUGAAAGUCGAAAUGUCCCAGGACGAAAUCAAACGUCUGAAUGGCAAACUCAUCCGCCAAGAAGAACGCAUCGACGAACUCCGCGAAACCCACCGCCUCGAAUCGCACUCCCAAUCCGCCCAAAUCGACCUCCUCCGCAAACAGCUCUCCGAAGCCGAAGCGCUCCUCGCCGCCUCCACCUCCUCCUCCACCUCGCUCGAAUCCGCAUCGCUCGCACAAAAAUCCGAGAUUAGCACCCUGCAGGCGGAGCUCGAGAAGACGAAGGCGGCGCUGAAGGAUGAGGAGGAGAAGAGGACGAAGGCGAUGAGUUUGUUGAAGACUGUGAGGCAGAAGUCCUUGAAGACGGAGAAGGAGCGGGACGAGGCGGUUAGAGAGUCGAGGGAGCUAAGGGAGAGGGAGAAGGUGGAGAGGGAGAGGGAGGGGGCGGAGAGGGCGAGGUUGGGGGCGGAGGUGGAGAGGGCGAGAGGGGAGAAGGAGAGUGCGGUGGCGCAGGUGAGGAGGGAGGCGGAGAGGGAGAUGAUGGGCGUGAAAGAGAAGGCGGAGAGGGAUAUGGCGGCGCUGAGGUCGCAUUUUGAGCUAGAGGCCAUCACUUCCAAGUCGUCGUACGAACAAACUCUGUCAACCAAGAUCGCGCAAAUCUCGACCCUCGAAUCAUCCGUCCAAGUCCUCUCAGCCGAAAAAGACAGCAUCUUCGACCAACUCCAACUCCGCCAAGCCGAACUCGAAUCCUCACAAUCCCACCUCGAAGUCCUCCAAUCCCAAGCCACCGAACUGCAAUACCAGCUGCGCGAGACGAAUGACCGUCUCUCACUCGCAAGUGAAGAACUGUCCGAGUUCCGUCGGGACCAGGAGUCGAAGGAAGUUGCGCGUGGGUCAUCGUUGGCGUCGAGCUCGGCGGAAGAUGUCGCGCGCCUGCUGUCGUCUGCAGAGGCGAAGUACGAGGCGAAGAUUGCGGAGCUGAGGAGGCAGUUGGCGGGCGUGGAGGCGGAGAGGGACGAGGUGGAGGUGGAGUGGAGUCGGAAGCUGGACGCAAGGGCGAGGGAGGUGGAGAGGUUGAGGGCGGCGGUCGAUUCGUCGGCGAGGACGAGGCAGAGCGAGGAGGAUGUAGUGGAGGGGUUGAGGGCGGAGAUUGAAAAGUUGAGGGAGGAGGUGAAGGGGCAGAGGGGGCUGGUGGAGCAGUGGCAGGCGAAGGCGGAGCAGUUGGUUGAUGUUGAGAAUUCUGCGAAGCAGAUACAGGCGGAGCUCAAUGCGAAAAUCAAGGUGCUUGAGCAACACCUGGAGGAAGUCAAAGUCCGUGAAUCUCAAGCGCGGGCGCACAACAAAACAUUGCGAGACGAGUUACGCAAAGUCCAAUCUUCCGCCGCACUCCUAGAGCGCCAGCGAAACCCGGGUGUAGGCUACUGGAGCUCCCCGCGAGCAGAGCCCCCAGUGGAGAGUCCUCGACCAGCUUCGCCUGUAUCUUCGUCUGUGCCAUCACGGAAUGGGUCGCCGAGGGUCGGAUCGCCGUCGCCAUCGACUGCGAACGAGGAAGAGGUCAAUCUUGAGUAUUUGAGGAACGUGAUCUUGCAGUUCCUGGAGCACAAGGAAAUGAGGCCAAAUCUGGUCCGGGUGCUUUCUAUCAUCUUGCAUUUCACGCCCCAGGAGACUCGUCGGCUGAUAGCCAAAGUCUGAUGGUACAUUUCCCUAUUCAUCUAUCUUAUUCUUUGUUUCUGUCGUCUUUCGCACAUCAUAUCAUAUCGUAUCCGCGUUCAUCUGCAUGCUAUGGACAAUAUUCUAUUUUGUUGGAUCAUAUACCA